CCGAGGCCGCAGUUGUGGAAUUUGCUCCUCUCUUUGCAUGCUGAUGCGGCCCUGGUAACGGAGCUCAAGGCAUCUUUUGUGCUGUUGUCCAACAGUGAGUGACGUCAUGGGCACUGCCAGGUCUUAUCAGUUCUGCCAGAUAAAUAGCUGGCCACGCUCGUCCUGCAGCAGACGGCAAGGUGCUGUGCGCCAGAGCACUGGGGUUCUCAGAUGAGCAGUGGCCCCAACCAUGGGUACGAGCCUGGACUGGUCCUUCUUCCCCGGCAAUCACUGGCUCUACUUCUCCGUGUACCUCUUCACCUUCCUCGUGGGGCUCCCCCUCAACCUGGUGGCCCUGGUGAUCUUUGUGGGCAAGCUGCGGCGCCGCGCGGUGGCCGUGGACGUGCUGCUGCUCAACCUCACGCUCUCGGACCUGCUUCUGCUGCUCUUCCUGCCGUUCCGCAUGGUGGAGGCGGCACACGGCAUGCGCUGGUCCCUGCCUUUCAUCCUCUGCCCCCUCUCCGGGUUUCUCUUCUUCACCACCAUCUACCUCACUUCCCUCUUCCUGAUGGCUGUCAGCAUUGAGCGCUUCCUGAGCGUGGCCUACCCUCUGUGGUACACGGCCCGGCCGAGGCCAGGCCAGGCCGGGCUGGUCAGCGGCGCCUGCUGGCUGCUGGCUGCCGCUCACUGCAGUGUGGUCUACGUCAUCGAACUCUCAAGAUUCUCCUCCCACAGCCAGGGUAGCAAUGGCACCUGCUACCUGGAAUUCCAGGAGGACCAGCUGAACAUCCUCCUGCCCGUCCGGCUAGAGAUGGCCGUGGUCCUUUUUGGGGUGCCCCUGCUCAUCACCAGCUACUGCUACAGCCGACUGGUGUGGAUCCUCAGCAGGGGGGCCAGCCAACACCGGCGGAAGCGGGUGUCUGGGCUCGUGGCGGCCACGCUGCUCAACUUCCUCGUCUGCUUUGGGCCCUACAACGUGUCCCACGUCGUGGGCUACGUCCAGGGCAAGAGCCCGGCGUGGAGGAGCUAUGUGCUGCUGCUCAGCACACUGAACUCCUGCGUCGACCCCCUGGUCUACUACUUCUCCUCCUCGGGGUUCCAAGCAGACUUCCAGGAGCUGCUGAAGCGGCUGAGCAGGCUGUGGGGCCCUUGGCAGCCGGAGGGCAGCGUGGAGCUGAAGGUCCAGAAUGAAGGCGAGAGGCAGGGGCAGGACUGCCCAGCAUAGACAGAGCAGUGGGCUCUUGUCAGCCAAUAGCCUGAGCUGAAAGCCAUGUCCUCUGGGGCAGGAAGGUGGCACUGGGGUAAAAUCCCCAGGGCAGCUCCUCAGGCAGGACUUUGGUGUGCAGGGCCUGGGAUCAGAGCAGGCACCCAGCCUUCCUAUGGGGGUGUGCACGAAGGCCCAACCUUUCAUCUCACUUCCCCUCCUAUUCAUCCACAUGCUGUGGAUUCAGCUCUGGGAGAAGAAGUCAGGGCAAAGGAUGUUCUGGAGGAAAUUGAGGUCCCCACGGCUCCUGUGCUUUUCUGGGCAAAGGGGCCAUUAAAAGCAGCACCCCAGGUCUAAGGGAGCUUCCCAGUGGCUUGGGACGGGAGAGGGGAGAAGUAGAGGGGAGAAGUCCACCGUUCAGAGCUGCUUCUCCUGGCAGGCGAGGAGUGGAGAAGACAGGACUCUGGGCCGAGGGUGUGCUCUGCUCUGGCACAGGCUUUCCCAGAAAUUUUCCGUUGCUCAGUACACUCAGAUCAUCAGAGACAUUUAUGAACAAUGGCAGAAGGAAAAUGAUCCAAUAAAUUCAGAAGCAAGUAAAAGAGAAUGGUCUUUCCGUUUUUGUUUUUGUUUUUUUUUACAGUACAGUGGGUCAGGUGGGACUAGUGGACACAAGGAUAAAACACCCAGACUCUGAAGAACUAAAUUACUAAAUGUCUAGAGGUGGGGAGGGGAUCUGGGUGGCAGGGAUAAAAAUAAUAGCUAAUCUGCCCAAUGUGGCCUGACAUACCCUCUCCUUCUUCCUGUCAAUAACCACGUGGAAGGUGCUGUCAUUAUCCUUACUUUACAGACCCAGGAAUGGCCCAGUCUCUUACCUAGGAUCUCAUAGCAAGUAAGUGAUUAGGGGCAGGACUGGAAGCUGGAGUUAGUUGACUCCAAAGCCUGUGCCCCUAACCCCCCGUGCUGAUUUGCCUUCAACUGUGUG